AUGGCCGUCGGCAAGCGACAUGCUGCCGUCCUCGACGCCGGCCACGCGACGGAACAAGGAUCAUCAGAUGAUUACUACAGUAAGAGGAGGCGCGUCCGCGUCGGCAGCAUGGAGGAGUACGAGGCGACGGGCGUCCUCGGCGAGGGCGCCUUCGGCAUCGUCAAGAAGGCCCGCCACUGCGUCACAGGCAAGAUCGUGGCCAUCAAGUUCCUCCGCCCCGACACCGACGCCAGCGAGCUCCAAGAAGAGGGGCGCUUCCUCGAGGCCUGCGCCGGAAACCCUUACGUCGUCGGUUCGCACGGCUUCGUCCGUGACCCCAAAACCACCAAGCUCUCCCUCGCCAUGGAGUACGUCGGUCCGAGCCUCCACACAUCCUUGUCCAAGAGGCCGCCGCUCCCGGAGGCCGUCGUGCGCCGCUACAUGUGGCAGCUUCUCACCGGCGCCCAGAAGAUGCACGAGCGCGGCAUCGUCCACCGCGACAUCAAGCCGGCCAACAUCCUCGUCGGGGAAGACGGGAAGAUCCUCAAGCUCUGCGACCUCGGGCUAGCGUUGUCACUGGCGACGGAGAAGACACCAUACGGGGAUGCCGGCACGCCGCCCUACAUGGCGCCGGAGAUGCUCCUGGGGAAGCCGGACUACGACGCGCGGGUGGACACAUGGUCGCUGGGAUGCGUCAUGGCCGAGAUGCUCGCGGGAGGCAAGAUGCUGUUCAGCUUCAAGGGCGGAAGCAGGCACACUGCCAAGGUCAGCCAGCUCUGGGAGAUCUUCAGCCUGCUUGGCUUGCCAGAUGAGAAUGCGUGGCCGGAGUUCGCGUCCCUGCCGCUCGCCGCCACGUUUCUGCCGAUGCGAUGGUUCUCGCAGCACGACAGGCUGGGGGAGCUGUUCCAUGAAGAGAUGCUGUCCAACGACGGGUUCCAAGUCCUGAAAGGGCUUCUUGAGUGCAACCCUGAUAAGCGGCUCACGGCGGCCGCCGCGCUCCAACUCCCCUGGUUUUUGCCCGAGAUCGACAACUUACCAGUGCCCGGGAAGAUCGUGGUGCGGAUAAAGCUCUCUCGGCCGGCGACACCGAAGAAGAAGAAGAAUCUGGGACGGAUCAAGACACAAAAGAUGAAGAAAGUGAAGCGGAUCAGAAACAUCGUCCCUCCAGCUCCAGCUACGACGAAGAAGAAGGUGCCGCUUAUCAAGUUCGUCACCCGAGCGACACCCAAGGAGAGCAACGUACUUAGAAUCCCACUGGCGAUGUGGGAGAAAGCACAUUUGAUGGAUCCAUGUAAAUGCUAG